CCAUAACCCUUGCAAGGUAAUCUGGGAUAAGACAACAAUAUGAGUGUUCAAAAUUAUAAGGUUGCUGAUAUUUCUCUCGCUGCUUUCGGCCGCAAGGAGCUUGAAAUUGCUGAAAACGAAAUGCCUGGUUUGAUGGCUAUUCGUGAAAAACAUGCUCAAUCCCAACCUUUGAAGGGUGCUAGAAUUGCUGGAUGUCUUCACAUGACUAUUCAGACUGCCGUCCUCAUUGAAACUUUAGUUGCUUUGGGUGCUGAAGUUACCUGGUCUUCCUGUAACAUUUAUUCUACUCAAGACCAUGCCGCUGCUGCUAUUGCUGCUACUGGUGUCCCUGUCUUUGCCUGGAAGGGUGAGACUGAGGAGGAAUAUAUCUGGUGUAUCGAACAACAAUUAAAGUCUUUCCCCAGUGGACAGCCUUUGAACAUGAUUUUAGAUGAUGGUGGUGACUUGACCGCUCUUGUUCAUGAGCGUCAUCCUGAACUUCUUGUCAAUAUUCGUGGUAUUUCUGAGGAAACCACUACUGGUGUUCACCACUUGUAUCAAAUGUUCCACGAGAACAAACUUAAGGUCCCUGCCAUUAAUGUUAAUGACUCCGUUACCAAAUCUAAAUUUGACAACCUUUUUGGCUGCAAGGAAUCUUUGGUUGAUGGUAUCAAGCGUGCUACUGAUGUUAUGAUUGCCGGUAAGGUUGGUGUUGUUGCCGGUUUUGGUGAUGUUGGUAAGGGUUGUGCUACUUCUCUUCGCAAUCAAGGUGCUCGUGUUAUCGUCACCGAGGUUGAUCCCAUCAAUGCUCUCCAAGCUGCCAUGGAUGGUUAUGAAGUUACCACUAUGGAAGAGGCUGUCAAAGAAGGUCAAAUUUUUGUUACUACCACUGGUUGCCGUGACAUUAUCCGUGGUGAACAUUUCAUGGCUAUGCGUGAAGACUCUAUCGUUUGCAACAUCGGUCACUUUGAUGUCGAAAUUGAUGUUGCUUGGUUGAAGGAAAAUGCCAAGGAUUGCGUCAACAUCAAGCCCCAAGUUGACCGUUAUGAGUUGAGCAACGGACGCCAUGUUAUUCUUUUGGCUGAUGGUCGUCUUGUUAACCUCGGUUGCGCUACUGGACAUCCAUCAUUUGUCAUGUCUUGUUCUUUCGCUAACCAAGUUCUUGCUCAAAUGGCUUUGUGGAAUGACAACCAAAGCUAUCCUCUUGGAGUGCACAUGCUUCCUAAGAAAUUAGAUGAGGAAGUCGCUCGUUUGCACUUGGGUAAACUUAAUGUUAAACUCACUGAACUUACUCCUGUCCAAUCUAAGUACUUGGGUAUUUCUGCUGAGGGACCCUACAAAGCCGACCACUACCGUUAUUAAUUUCCUUAAUUAAUUUGCAUUUGGCUUUUUUGCAUACCUUCAGUUAUAAAAUUUCAACAUAUUCCGUUGUUUGAUGUUUUCAACAGCAUCAUGCCACAACGAUACCAUGAAAUAUAAUAAUGAUAUUAAAGUGGGUAUACGUGGAUUAGGUACAUAAAUAAUGAAAAGGUUUAGACUUUAUUGAAGACAAUAAGAAGAGUGAGUAUAUGUGAAAGUAAAUAAUUCAUGUAUUAUAGUUUUCUUGAGACUAAUUAACUCCUUUGAAAGUAAACAGAUUAAAUAAGACAGAGAUGCCUAUAA